AUGGUGAUAAUUUAUGAUGAAAGAGAGACUUUGUAUGGUCUUACUCCUACAUCUAGAUGGCUUUUACAUGAUUAUGAAUUCAGCCUUGCACCUAUGUUUCUCACUUUCACCCACCCGUCAUUGAUGGCCCCAUGGCAAGAAAUUGGCCGUUCUAUCAACGAAGGUGGGAUCGCGUUUGACAAAGUCCAUGGUGAAAGUAUUUGGGAGAAAGCAUCCAACGAUCCUGAGUUCAAUAAGCUUUUCAAUACAGGAAUGGCUUCGGUUACCAAGACUAUAUUGGAUGCUAUUUUGUGUGGGUAUAAGGAAGGGUUUAGUAAGCUUCAAGGAACCCUUGUGGAUGUUGGUGGUGGUAUUGGCCGAGCCGUGGCAAAGAUUGUAGAGGCUCACCCGCAUAUUAAAGGGAUCAAUUUUGAUCUUCCUCAUGUUGUAGAAACUGCACCAGUAUUUCCUAAUGUCACCCAUGUUGGUGGCGACAUGUUCAAGGAGAUCCCUUAUGCUGAUACCGUCAUCAUCAAGUCAGUUUUGCACGAUUGGGAAGACGAAGAUUGCCUUAAGAUUCUGAAGAAUUGCCAAAAGGCAAUAUCAAAAACCAAAGGGAAGGUGAUUAUCGUAGACAUAGUUCUAUAUCCGGAGGAUAAAGGGCUUUAUGAAGAAACAAAGUUAGGGUGCGAUUUAUUGAUGAUGGCAAGUUGUGGUGGCAAAGAGAGGACGCAACAUGAAUGGAACAAACUAUUAAAAGAUGCUGGCUUUGCUAGUCACAACAUUAUCACAAUCCCUGCUUUUGUUUCAAUUAUUGAGGCUUUUCCCCUAGAAAAUUAA